UAUAAAUAUAUCGAAAAAAGUUGAUCCGAGAACCAAUCUCAAACCGCGAACUCAUACCUAACUUAACGACCAAAAAAAUCUCCUCACUCACUCUCCUUUCUCCUCUUUCUAUCUCUGUCUCCCUCAUAAUCUAUCGUAUAAGGCCUCCAUUAAUGGCGUAUGACCAAAACUCCACCGAUUCAUCGCCGUCGAGAUCAACACCACCAUCACCACCACCAUUCACAGUUCCUCCUCCGGCGCCGGCGCUGCCCCGGCUGCCGGUGUCCCUAAUCCAACCAUCUCAAAAAAAGCGAUCCCACAACAAAACUAAGGUCCUUCGAGUUUUCCGCUCGGUGUUUCGGUCAUUCCCAAUCAUAUCACCCACCGCAUGUAAGAUGCCAGCGCUCCCCAACGGCCUAAUGGACGGCCACCACCACCACCACCACCACCGGUCGUCGUCGAGCGGGCACCGCGUGACAGGUACGCUGUUCGGAUACCGAAAGGGCCGAGUAAGCUUCUCCAUGCAGGAGAGCCCGCGUUGCCUGCCGACCCUGGUGGUCGAGCUGGCCAUGCAGACCAACGUGCUCCAGAGGGAGAUGGGUUCCGGGAUGGUACGGAUCGCGCUGGAGUGCGAGAAACGACAGGAAAAGGACAAAACGCGGCUUGUGGACGAGCCCCUUUGGACAAUGUACUGCAAUGGGAAGAAGAGUGGUUAUGGGGUGAAGAGGGAGGCCACCGACGAAGAUUUGAACGUUAUGGAGAUUCUCAAGGCGGUUUCUAUGGGGGCCGGUGUUCUUCCUGGGAAUUCUGAGGUCGAAGGCCCAGAUGGCGAGUUGGCUUAUAUGAGGGCCCAUUUUGAUCGGAUUAUUGGGUCCAAGGAUUCUGAGACGUUGUACAUGUUGAGCCCAGAUGGAAAUACUGGGCCUGAGCUCAGUAUUUUCUUCGUACGGAUUUGAGGGGUUUGUUGUGCUGGUUUUGCGUCGAAUUAAAUUUGACGUUUUGUUUGUGAUGAUUGUGUAGAAAAAUAGGUUUUUGUUAUUGGUUGAAAAUUAAUUAGAUUGGUUGAUUUUAUUGCAAUAUCUUCGUUAAUGACCGUUAAACUGGUUACGUAGGUGCAUUUGUUGUUCUUCGAAAAUA